UGUGUCUCCCUGCCUGUUGUAAAACACAGCAACGCCAGCCAUCUGCGUCGAGAGGGCACAUUGCACUCUGCGCAAUUACGCGGACUCCUAACUGGCACAGCAAUCAGAGAGAAAAAAGAAAAAAAAAACGAGAUUUUUCAGCUAUUGGACUUUAAAUCACGUCAUUCGGAUCAUUUUGAGAACUUAUUUUGAGCACUUCAAUGCAGUUUACAGCACGGCUGCUGUGACUGUAAUAAUUAAUGCAUAUGUGCUCUGAGCACAUAUAAUAAACUGACCCUUUUUUUCUAUUUAGAUUGCUCUCCUUCUUCUCUAAAAUUGGCUCCCGUACAAACAGCCGCGUUGGAUCCCUCGGCUUACUGCGAGACUCCGGUGUAUAACCCGGAUCUCUGCCCUAACAUGAUAGCCGCCCAGGCAAAGUUGGUGUAUCACCUCAACAAAUACUACAACGAGAAAUGUCAGUCUCGGAAGGCGGCCAUCUCCAAGACCAUCCGGGAGGUGUGCAAGGUGGUGUCGGAUGUACUGAAGGAGGUGGAGGUGCAGGAGCCGCGCUUCAUCAGCUCCCUCAGCGAGAUGGAUAACCGCUUUGAGGGACUGGAGGUUAUCUCUCCCACCGAGUUUGAGGUCGUCCUCUAUCUGAAUCAGAUGGGAGUAUUCAACUUCGUGGAUGACGGCUCUCUGCCGGGCUGCGCCGUCCUCAAGCUCAGCGACGGCCGCAAGAGAAGCAUGUCUCUGUGGGUUGAGUUCAUCACAGCUUCCGGCUACCUCUCCGCGCGUAAAAUCCGCUCCAGAUUCCAGACGCUGGUGGCCCAAGCUGUGGAUAAAUGCAGCUACAGAGAUGUGGUGAAGAUGGUCGCUGACACCAGCGAGGUAAAGCUGCGCAUUAGAGACAGAUAUGUGGUGCAAAUCACGCCUGCGUUCAAAUGCACUGGCAUCUGGCCGCGAAGCGCUGCGCACUGGCCUCUCCCGCACAUACCGUGGCCGGGACCCAACCGAGUUGCAGAAGUCAAGGCGGAGGGUUUCAAUCUGCUAUCCAAAGAGUGCUACUCCCUGAACGGGAAGCAGAGCUCUGCAGAGAGCGAUGCUUGGGUGUUGCAGUUCGCCGAGGCCGAGAACCGGCUUCUCCUGGGCGGCUGUAGGAAGAAAUGCCUGUCGGUUCUCAAAGCGUUGCGGGACCGUCACCUGGAGCUGCCUGGACAGCCUCUGAACAACUACCACAUGAAAACUUUGGUUUCCUACGAGUGUGAGAAACAUCCCCGGGAGUCGGACUGGGAUGAAAACUGUCUGGGUGACCGCCUGAACGGGAUACUAUUGCAGCUUAUUUCGUGUUUGCAGUGCAGGAGGUGCCCGCAUUAUUUUCUGCCUAAUUUAGACCUGUUUCAAGGAAAACCGCACUCUGCGUUAGAGAACGCUGCCAAACAGACUUGGCGACUGGCAAGGGAAAUACUGACCAACCCCAAAAGCUUGGAGAAACUCUGAGGUAACACAAAAAAAAAAAAAAAGAGAAAAAAAAGGUUGAUACA